AUUACAAGGCGGCGGACUAGAUGUGAAUCCGUUGUCGUGGGCGCGUUGAUAAUCGCUGGGAUAGCUUGCCUUAUCGCCGGUAUUGUUAUGAUGAUACAAGCAAAUACGGUGCGGAAGAACAACGAGCCAUGUCAAGUUGCAAAAGUUACACGAGCGGUCCUGAGCGGCUGUGAAUAUUCAAGGGAGGCGCAUACUUCGGGACUAGCAAGGUUUUUGCACGAAGCUCAAGAGAGAUUUUACGAGUUGUUACCGCAUAAAAUCGCGUUUAAAAAGGGGGUGAUGCCAAAUGAAAUCCGCCAGCGGUAUAAAAGCUACGAUUCCACGCCAAUGCAGAUAAAAUUUGUCACAGACGAGAUAGCUAAACUGACGAAGAGGCUUGAAGAUAUGAACCUUCAAGAAAACAAGCUGACACUUCGGGAAAAGCGAGCCAAAGCGCAGCUCUCUCACUGGAUGCGGCACAUUUUUCCUUACGGUGUCCCCUUCGCUUAUGAUUAUUACUCAGGAGAUUGGCUGAUGGGACCAAACGUUUUCUGUUGGUCUUCUAUCUGUUUCUUGCCAAUGGAUGUGGGUAGCGCACUGCCCCAUUUCCAGCCGUCAACUGUGUCUGAAGUGGAGAUAAUAAGGAAUAAGUUGAUGGAAAUUAACCAAACAUUUACACAGUUUGUGGAGAACAUGAGAUUAGGCGUGGCUACUGGUAUGGUUCGUACGAUUGAAGAGUGCAAGGCCGGGCUGGAUGGUUUGAGAGGCGCCUUUAGAGAGGUCGAUAUUGACGGCCCAGCUGGAAUUCUUGAUGCGCCAUACAUGAAAAAAAUUCUGGUCAGUGACUUCUUUUCUAAGAUGAAUUCAAAAGAACUGGAAAUUUGGAAAACUAGGCACGGUAAAGCAGUGAAUGAGUCUUUAAGGCAGUUUGUCAUAGAUUAUGUUGGUGAGCCGAUUCAGCGCACAUUGAGGUAUGUCGAAAAGGAACAUUUACUUUACUGCACCCCAAGCAAUUUGUCCAGCGGUUUAGCCAGCCUACCCCUUGAUUACGUUUAUGUCAACGGUACAAAGACAGACCGAAAAACGACCAAGAGGCUGCCCACGGGCGAAAAGCUAGACGGGAAAACCACCUAUCUGAAGCUUCUUCAGUACUUCACCACCACCAGUAAAACCCCGGAUGAAAUAUACGACCUUGGCUGGUCAAUGAUAGAUCAAAGUUAUCCAGAGGUUCUAAGUUUAGCGCAAAGCGUAACCAAUGAGAAUAACACUCAGAGGGCGAAGGAAAAGUUCAUUAAUAUUCUUAAUGGAUCGGAAAUGUUUUACAAUAAGAAAGAUAUUCCAAGGAAUGAAUCCAACGCAGUUGCGUAUAAGCUGUGCAGUACAGUCUCCGGAGCCAAAAAGCAUUGUCCUGUCCGCUGGAAUGCUAUGCAAAACUGGUUUGCUCAUGCGCGAGAGAUUAUGGCCACCCUUGAUCCAAAAACGAUCGACUUAUUCCAUUUUACCGGUCCUUUCCGGUCCACUCCAAACUGUCCCGUUCAACUCGUCCCAAGCUUCAACCCAUCCUCUGCAGCUCCAUCUUUCCAAGAGAGUGAUUCACAGUGUACAAGGCACUCUACUUACACCAUCCCAUUCUUCCUACAAAAGCCUGGCCCUAGGAAUGAGGAAUGGACAAUAAACGCACACGAGGCAAGGCCUGGACACUACACACAGAGUCAAGGAUAUGUGGAGAAUUUUCAAGAAGACUGUUUUGAUCCCAUUUCAUGGAUCCAAAAGAACACGUUUUUCUUAGAGUUUUCUGAAGGCUGGGCUCUUUACGCGGAAAAUCCGCUGAUAUCAAAUUACACGGACACUUACAAAUAUGAUCCGCUGAUCAGAUACGGCAUGCUCAAAUGGCAGAUAUGGCGAGCCUUGAGGCUGAUCGUAGACACAGGGUUGCAUUACAAAGGAAAGUCACGUGAAUGGGCUCUAAGACUCUUUGCUGAUUACGCUUGGGACACAAGUGACAAAGUUGAGAAGGAGGUAACUCGGUACCAGAGCAUUCCCGGCCAAGCUGUCACUUAUAUGCUCGGACAACUGUCAAUCAUGGAGCUGAAACAAGAAGCAGAGAAAGCUUUGGGGGAGAAGUUUAAUUUGAAGGAUUUUCAUUUCCAGGUUCUAAGGCAUGGACCCUCGCCUUUGAAUUAUCUUAAAGAGAGCAUCUACAAAUACAUAGCAUGCGUGAAGGACGCUGAAAGUCAACCAGAUUGUGAAGAUUUCUUGCGAGCUCCAAACAACUCUGGAAACGUAAAGACAACACAUAAUACAGAGCAUUUGCCAUAUCAUUCUUUCAAAGUUUUCUAAAUUCAGCUCUGAUUAUGACCCCACAGACGCCGUGAGCAUAGCUAAAUCAAGUUUAUUACUACGUUUUGCGUCUAUCUUGUGCAUAAUUUAAAUUACAAUUGUAACAAGUGAGCUCGUCGGCGGCUGUUAUAAAAUCAUUCAAUCACAAGCGAGAAAGAAGUCUUUUUUUAAUUAUUUUACAUUGCUAAUUUUAUUCCUAUACUAUAAUUGUAUGUUAAUUAA